AAAAAAAGGAGUAAGAAAGAUAUUCAUUGACAACAAUCAAAGCCAACGCGGCUAGUUUUGUUUUCUUACACAGGUUUUUAUAAUGUCUGCCGACAAUAACACAUUUGAAAGUGUGAAAAGUGUUAUCCUGUCAGCUCAUAAAAAUACCACAUCAGAAGAGAAGGUCAGCUUCUACAACCGCUGGGCAGACAACUAUGAUCGGGAUAUGGCUGUUUUGGACUACCGUGCACCCAGUCUGGCAGCAAACUGCAUAUCAUCCUAUUUCAGGGGUGUGCGAGAAGCAGCCAUUGUGCUGGAUGUGGCAUGUGGAACAGGACUGGUGGCCAAACAUAUGAGAAAACUGGGGUUUGGACAUUUUGUGGGUGUGGAUGGAAGCGAGGCCAUGCUGGACAAGGCGAGAGAGAGCGGCCUUUACCAGGACUUGAAGCACUGCCUGCUGGGAGAAGAGCCUCUACCUGUGCAGUGGGCGGGUACAUUUGAUGUGGUCCUGAUUGUCGGAGCAUUAAGUGUUGGUCAAGUCCCUGUGAGUGUCAUCAGAGACAUGUGCAAGGCCACCAAACCAGGUGGCUGCAUUUGCAUGACAACCAGAAGUAACCAUGAUAACCUGGAGUACAAAGCUGCCCUUGAAAGCGAGCUGAAGCAGAUGGAGGAAGAGGAGCUCUGGACUUGUUUAGAGGUCACUGAGGUGGAAGACUGGGAGAGGGCUGUAUCAGAGCAGGAGGACGGCUACAUAUCUGGAGCUGUGUACCUCUAUAAGAAACUAUAACACUAAAUACAAAGGUGGACAACAAUAUGGUACCAGACAAUGUAAAAAACACUUGUUCAAGUAUAAUAGUUUUUUAAAUGAACUCACCACACCUGUAUAAAAAAA